AUGGGUAGAUUGAAUAAUUUUAGUAGAAUGAAUAAUCGUGUCAUUAAAGCAGUAGUAUUCGACAUGGAUGGGACAAUGUGUAUCCCUCAACCGUGGAUGUUCCCAGCAAUGAGAAGUGCAGUUGGCCUCAACGAUAAAUCAAUUGAUAUUUUAACAUAUAUCGAUGAACUACCUACAGAGGCGGCAAGGACGGAAGCAAAUCUUCGUAUUGAAGAAGUGGAAGAGAAGGCAAUGAGAGAAAUGCUGCCACAACCGGGCCUCGUAGAAUUAUUAGAAUUCUUGACCGUGAAUAAUAUUAGUAAGAAUAUCUGUACGAGGAAUGUGAUUAAACCUGUGGAUUAUUUACUUACGAGGUUUAUUCCAAAGGAUUAUUCCAAAUUUGAACAUAUUAUUACAAGAGAUUUUAGACCGACAAAACCCAAUCCAGAUCCAUUACUUCAUAUUGCUAAAAAGUUAAAUAUUGAGUCCAAUGAAAUGAUGAUGAUCGGUGAUUCAUUUGAUGAUAUGAAAAGUGGACGUUCAGCAGGUUGUGUGACAGUUCUACUAAAGAAUCAUGUUAAUGGUAACGUUUUGACUGAACAUGAUAAAUUAGUCGAUACUGCGGUUAAUUCGUUAUCUGAUGUUAUCAAGAUAGUGGAAACUUUAAAUGGACACCAAACCGAGAUACAUUCAUAUCAGCAUUGA